CUAGUGAUGUAAGGUGUAACAUCGUAGAAGAAGAAAAGCGAGACAAAACAUGGGAGCAUCAUGGCCGCCACCUCACAGCACGCGGAGUUUCCUCCAGCCUCACAAAUUGACGAAGAAACCCCUCCAACAGACAGCAGAGAACCGGGCAGUCCAAAUGUCGAACCGGAGGGUUUGGAUUCUGAUGAAGACGUAGGCGAUGAGGCUGAACCAAAGAUUCUGGACACCCCCCAGGACAUCCGGUUGGAGGCGAUAGCCAACACGGUGGCCGUCCACCCGGGCAGAGACAUGCUGGUCUGCGGGGAUGUGGACGGCGACUUAUACGCCUUCUCCUACUCGUGCACGGAGGGGCUGAACAGGGAGCUGUGGUCUUCCGGACACCACCUAAAGUCCUGCCGGCAGGUGCGCUUCUCCGAGGACGGCCUGAAGCUCGUGAGCGUCUCUAGAGAUAAAGCUGUCCACAUGCUGGACGUGGAGCGAGGUCAGCUGGUCACGAGGAUCCGUGGCGCGCACGGAGUCGCCAUCAAUAGUCUGCUGCUGGUGGACAACAACAUCCUGGCAACUGGAGACGAUGGAGGAACCCUGAAGGUGUGGGACAUGCGGCAAGGCUCGGCCAUCAUGGAUGUGAAACAUCACGAUGACUAUAUCGCCGACAUCGCCGUGGACCCGGCCAAGAGGAUCCUGCUCACUGCGAGUGGCGACUGCACCAUGGGUGUCUUCAACAUCAAGAGGCGGCGCUUCGAGUUGCUGUCUGAGAACCAGAGCGGCGAUCUGACCUCGGUGGUGCUGAUGAAGCGAGGAAAGAAGGUGGUUUGCGGCUCCAGCGAAGGCACCAUCUACAUCUUCAACUGGAAUGGCUUCGGCGCCACCAGCGAUCGCUUCACUGUCAAGGCAGAGUCGGUAGACUGCAUCGUCCCUGUUACUGACAGUAUCAUGUGCGCCGCCUCCAUGGACGGCUACAUCCGAGCGAUAAACCUCCUCCCCAACCGGGUCAUCGGCUGCAUUGGGCAGCAUGUGGGGGAACCCAUCGAAGAGCUCGCCACCAGCUGGGACAAACGCUUCCUGCUCAGCUGCGCCCACGACCAGCUCAUCAAGUUCUGGGACAUUUCCACUUUAGCCACGACCACCGUCAACGAGUACCGCAAGAGGAAGAAGAAAGACGGACGCUUGAAAUCUCUAUCCAAGAAGGCUCUUGGAGACGACAACUUCUUCUCGGGACUUGUAGAGGAGCCGCAGAAAAACGACAAAGAAGAAGAAGACGUGCAGGAAGAGGAGGAUGACAGCGAUAGCGAUUAAAAGACAAUGUUAGGUAUGCCUUUUAUUAAUGAUUAUUGUUCAUAGAAUAAAAGAGUCAAUUGUUUA